UCCGGCAAGAAGGCGGAAGAGAAGGAGAAGACUGCUACUACUGCCACAGGGAGCGUGAGUCUUGCAGUCCCGUCGGCGGAGAGAGAGGGGUCGGCGACAGGGGGAAACCACGGCGACUCUCCCCACGCCGAGCAUGGCGCAACCCAGGAGUCCGAGGCGGAGGCAUCCCAACACGGACUGACGCUGCUCCAGCCGACCGUGGUCGAAAUUUCUGCUGCUGUGGUGGAUAAGGCCAAGGCGGGGGAACACACCAUCGCCGACGUAGGUGGCUCUCCUCCUUCUGGUGGACGUGGGAGGCGUAGGCAGAGGAAGAGCGAUGGGGAAGAAGAGUAUGACACCGCCGUGCCCGGGGACAUCAAUACGCGGUCGAAGAGGCGGCAGACAAGCCGCGGUGCUGACGACGCCGGUGGUGCGGAAGUUGGGACAACGCGAGGCGCCAGGGAAGCAAGUGGAAAGGCGACGGGUCAUGCAUUGCGCAAGAAGGGCCGACCCGCAGCGAGGAGAACAUCCGGUGGAAGGAGGGGCAAGAAAGAUGAGGGGGAUGCGGGGGAUGAGGAGGAGGAGGCUGAUGAGGAGGAGGAUGCGGAGGAAGAGAAGGAUGAAGAGGAUGCGGAGGAGGAGGACGCGGAGGUUGGGGAGGAAGAAAAAUAUGAGAAUGAUGAGGAGGAGGACAAAGAGGAGGAGGAGGAGGAGGACGAGGAGGGGGGCGACGAGGAUGAGGAGGAGGCAGAGGAGGAGGAGGAGGAGGAGGAGGAGGAGGAGGAGGAGGAGGAGGAGGAGGAAGAGGAGGAGGAGGAGGAGGAGGAGGAGGAGGAGGAGGAGGAGGAUGUGGCGGCAGCGUAA